UCCCUCCACCUUAUCGUCCCCGACUUCUUGCCGCUCCCCUCCUCCACCGCCACCGCCACCAAGCAGGUGGUGGAGGACUACGUCUCGGCGCUCUCUAUCGCCGCCUCCGCCACGGACGCGACCCACCCCCUGUGGGAACUCCACAUCCUCAACCUCCCCACCUCCUCCACCGCCGCCUCCGGCGUGCUCCGCGCCCACCACUCCCUCGGCGACGGCGCCUCCCUCACCUCCCUCCUCCUUGCCUAUACCCGCCGCGUUGACAACCCCUCCGCCCUCCCCUCCCUCUCGCCUUCACCCUCGCCCUCGCCCUCGCCCUCACCAUGGCCGUGGCCGCGGCCUCCUAGGCCUCCUCAUCUAGCUCUGGCCCCGCCCUCACCCCCCGAGGACCUCCGCGGCGUCGGGCACCGCUGCAAGCACUUCGUCCACCGCACCACCAGCCUCGACGACGUCAAGCGCGUCAAGAAUGCCAUGGGCUACACCGUGAAUAAUGUGUUGGUGGGAGUUACAUCGACGGGCUUUUAUCAUUACCUCAGCAGGAAAUUUGGAGGGAGAAAGUGAAGAGGAAGGA